CUUUCCCUUCCCCCCUCCCACACCUCAUACGGAGUGAUCAGAAGCACCUCCUUUAGGAGGCACAGGCGCGCACACGCUGCCCCCUUAAGUGGAAGGCUGGACGCAGCAGUCGCUUCUGGGGCUGAUCGAAGUUGCCUGUUGCUGACAUGAGUUCCUGAUGGGCGGAGUUGGCUCUCCCGCUCCCUGCCCUGCCCUGAAACUGGGAAAGGGACCAGCCCAGCCGCGCUCUCUUCGUCUCCCUCUUGGUCCAGUUCAGCAGCAUGGAUGCGGGCUCUGGCCCCAUCAGCCCAAUUUCCAGUCUUCAGGAAGGCCUUUUCAGCUGCCCCAUCUGCUUAGACGCUCUGAAAGAUCCGGUCACCAUCCCUUGCGGCCACAACUUCUGCUUGAGGUGCAUCGGAGCGCACAGGCACCACCCGGGGAGCGUCACAGGAGCCGGAGGACAAAAUACCUCCCGCUGCCCCCUCUGCCAAGAACCCUUCCCAGCCGAUCUCCAGCUCCGUAAGAACCACACCCUGGCCGAACUGUUGCAGCUCCGGCAACCGGCCCCGAGGAGCCCAGGGCUGGCCAUGUCCCCCGAGGAGCCGCCGGAGCCGUGCGUCCCUGGAAACUCCUGCGGGCCCGAGGACGCUGAUGGCCAGCACGAAGAGGUGCUUUGCGACUUCUGCACCAACGGGGAGCGGGCCCAGGCGGCGCAGUCGUGCCUGGUGUGCCUGGCGUCCUUCUGCUCUCCCCACCUGCAGCCUCAUCUCAAAAGUCCCGCUUUCCAAGGCCACCGACUGGUGCCGCCUUUACGGCACAUCGAGGAGAGCCUCUGCAAGCUGCAUCUCAAGCCCUUGGAGAGCUUUUGCCGGACGGACCGGAGUUGCAUCUGCCAGCUGUGCAGGGCCCAAGAGCACCGGAGCCAUGAGGUGGUGGCGGUGGAAGUGGAGCGGGAGCACGUGGAGGCCCAGAGACCAAAAAUCCUAAACAGCGUUGAGAAUCAGUUGGAUGAACUCGGAGUCAUUAUAGCACAGACGAGGAGGACAGUGGACCUCAUCAAAGGCACUGCCCAGAAGGAGAAGGAGAACGUCAGCAAACUCUUUGCUGAGACAGCCCGAGUCCUUGCAGCCUUUCAGAAGGAAGUCCUUGGGUUCAUUGAGGAUGGCGAAAGAGCCAUGCUGAUCGGGGCUGAGGAGGAGCUGCGGCAGAAGGAAGAGAGGCGUGCCGUGCUGAUCGAACGCAAGCAGAACCUGGAGAAGGUCCCCACCACAGACACCAUCUCUUUCCUGCAGGAGUUCCAAGCACUGAAAAUAGCAAUUGAGGAGAAAAACAUGCCAUGUACAAGCUUCCCCAAAGAGCUGAGCUUUAUCAAAUCCAGUCAGGCUGUGCUUGCUGUGAAGGAGCUGCUGGUGAACAUUUGUAAGAACCAGUGGGACCAGCUCUCAGGGAAGGGAGACGAAGGAUCCGUUUUUUAUGGGAUGCCAGAAGUGACUCUUGAGCCCCCGAUUUCAGAAAAAAGCAGCAACUCUGCCUGUUUGGAGUCCCGAGACUAUUUUCUGAAAUUUGCCUUCAUCAUCGACUUGGACAGUGAUACUGCCGACAAGUUCCUACAGCUGUUUGGAACCAAGGGGGCCAAGCGUGUGCUGAAUCCCAUUGCGUACCCGGAGAGCUCAACCAGGUUCGUCAACUGUGAGCAGGUGUUGGGUGAGAACGUAAUGAACCGUGGCAACUAUUACUGGGAAGUGGAGAUCAUUGAUGGCUGGGUGAGCAUAGGGGUCAUCACAGAAGAUUACAACCCGCAGGAGUCAUAUGACAAGGGCCGCCUGGGCAAGAAUGAGAACUCCUGCUGCCUGCAGUGGAAUGGACAGAACUACGUAGCCUGGUUUGGUGGCUUUGACUGCAUGAUACAGCAGCCUUUUUUCCACACGAUUGGGGUGUACUUGGAGUAUUCCGAAAAGGUGCUGACCUUCUAUGGAGUCAAGGAUUCCAAGAUGACGUGCCUGCAGCAGUUCAAAGUUGCUCGCUUCAGAAAGGGCCAUUUUGACCCCUUCCAGAAUAAGAUCAACCACCAGUUUCCAUCAUUAUUUACGCACAACCUGAAGCCAGCUUUCUUCCUUGAAAGUGUUGAUGCCCACAUGCAGCUUGGGCCUUUAAAGAAAGACUGUGUUUCAGUGCUGAAGCGACGGUAACUCAUUCAGUGCUGGUAGCGCAAUACAGGAGUCAGCAAAGAAAUUUAAAAUGAAAUCUCUCCUGGAACAGUAUGUCACUUUCAUGAUUCAGAGCUGCUAGGCUGUUCGUUCAUUUGUCUGUCCCUGCUACCUUUUGUAUAACUUGAUCAAUAUCUUUAAAGAUAAUGGGCCUUUUCAGUGAGUCCCUUUUCUUGCCACCUCUUGGUUUUUAGACAUAGGCAGGAUUGUUCACACUGGGCUCAACCUAAAGCACUAACCUUGUUUUGUUUCACCUAAUGUUUUGAGUUGCAGUGCUGCUUUCUGUACAAACCCACAACCUUCUGCCUGGUACCGCUAAAAACAGUGCGCUCUUUCAUAGGGAAUACACACUAAAGUAGAGGAAAAUGGCCCUUUUAGUUCUACUCUGAAGUCCCGAAGGAUCAGAACUGGAGGGCAAAUGUCUGAGUUCUAUUUAAAAAGAGAGUGAGGAUAAUAUAAAGGAGAUAAUUCAGAAAUUCACACUACAUUGUACAAAUUUUGGAUUAACUGAUUUCUUCUCCCCUCCCCCACUGGGGGAAAAUUGAGGGUAUGUCUCUCAUUUUAAUUAUUUAAAACCAGAUCGGCCACUGAAUUAUCCGGAAGAUUAUCAUUAAUAGAAAGAAUUGUAUGGAUUUUUUGACUUGCUGUUCUAGGAGGUCAUUCAUUUCUUGGUUUCAUCGCUGACAGGCAGUUGUGAAGUAUGGCAUUUCUUCACCAAAAUCGGAUCUGAUGAUAAAAUAGACUUUUGUGGUGCUUAUGUAACAUAUGCCACUUGUAGCUGUCUAGACACCCCAUCAGUUCCAGGAGAAUGUGUUUGUUGCUGCUGUGUUGUCUUUAACCCAAACCACCUGACUAUACAUCUUUUGCAAUAGCAGCUAGAGGAGAUUGUUUGGGGGAAGCAGGAGAGAUUUCCCUUGGAUGCUCUCGGCAGGAUAAUUAUUUGCAGUGUCAUGCUAGUUGGGAGUUUGGAAACAGCACGUUCUUAUUCAAACCCUUAUUCUCUGUCUUAAUCCAGCACAUCCACCCUCAGCCUAGUUCCAUGGAGCUCUACUCAAGAACCAUCAGCUGUAGGGCUUUUACCUGCUCUAUGGGGAGUGGAGCAGGGGAGAGGAUACAGUGUUGCUUUAAGACAGGAGUGUUGAACUUGAGAGUCUAGAUGUUGCUGGACUGCAAUUACCAUCAUCCCAAACUCUUGGCAAUGCUAGUUGGGGCUGAUGAGAUUUGGAGUCCAACAAUAUUUGUAGGGCCACAGGCUAGGUUAACCUAUAAGGAGUUACAAACUUUUUUGUGGCCAUUGAGCCAAAUCUUAACUUCUGAUUUAAACUGUUGUGCUUUUGGAUAGGAAAUAGUGGUUGAGUUGAAAUAAACAACCCACUGGAUUCCUUCCAUCUACAGGAUAUUAUGAACUACUGGAUAAUUACAGUUCUCCAUCUAAAGAAUUAUGAUAGAAGGGACAAUAAAGAUUUGAGGCAGAACUGAUUUUUGCAAUUCCAAGAAUUAUUUUUAUGGAUUCCUUGAAGAUAAUUAAACUGCGAUAAUGCUGGUGUGUUUUGUAACAUAUUUUCUAUAAGAAUUUUCUCCAGGUAGGCAACAUACUGACCAAUCUCCCAAAGCUUGCUCUUGAUACAAAAUAAAUUCCAUUGCAUACUGUAUGCAGGCUGAAAAAUACUACAAAUUGGAUUAAUCAUGAAGUUAAUUGUAUGAGUUAACUUGUCUGCUGUCUGGGCCUCAUGCAGUUUUUCCUGUGUACCAGCAAGAAACAGUGAGGUCACCAUAGUUAUUUUCUACUUCCGUUAAUGGAAAUAACUACAGUGCAGUGGCUCACAAUACCAAUACACUCAGAAAGCUAUCUUAAUGUUGUAAUAUGGUUUUGCUGGUAAAUAUGCCUAUGAUUGCAGCCCUUACACCUUUCUCCAUUGCAGAUGGGACUAGUUGAUGGAAUACUGCACUGGUAGUGUUGUGAUUUCAGUAUUCUUAACAAGACUUUGGGGAUGAACUGGAAUGAUCAGAAAUAUCACACUGAACCAAAACUGGCUGUAUUCAUUGUUCCUUUAUGAGCAAAAGGAUAAAGCCAGUACAUUUGCUUCUUUAGAUAAUACUGUGCUCUUAAGCUGUUUUUUCCUCACUUUUGGGGUGGUGGUGGUAUCCUUUCUCCUGGUUGUUUUUUUCAAAAUAGUUACUGUAUAAUCUAAAAUGUGUGAGGAAACAAAAAAUAAAGAGACUUUAGCUUCCAUUAAACAAUAUGCAAACACUAUCCUGAUUUGUCUUUCUUUCCAAACCUGGAAUGAACUAAUCUGCUUUCUGCAUGUUUUCCAUUUAUACCAUGUUAUAUGGGCAGACAAUAACUGGACACCAUUCUUCAUAGAUAGCAUAAGUCUUCUUGCUUGCACCAUCUAUAUACCAUUUACUGGACAAAUAAGUGUGCACCUCCAUUUAUUUUUAAUAAAAGGAGGCCUGUAUUUCUUUGACCCAGAGUGUAUGUACAUGUUCUUUG